AUGAUCGCCGGCCCUGGUACGGGCAUGCUAGGUGAAGAUGGAAUCCACAUCGACAUGAACCACCUGAAAUCCGGCGAGGUCAACUUGGGGACAUCCAUCAUGGCCAUCAAUUUCAAAGACGGUGUCAUCCUAGGAGCUGAUUCUCGAACGACGACCGGAGCAUACAUCGCCAACCGGGUAACAGACAAACUUACUCAGGUGCACGAUACAAUCUGGUGCUGUCGCUCAGGCUCAGCAGCCGAUACACAGGCCGUGGCUGACAUUGUGCAAUACCACUUGGGGAUCUACGGAAUCAUGAACAACGAGCCCCCUACGACUCAGACCGCGGCUGCUCUGUUUCAAGAACUGUGCUAUGAUAACAAGGACCAACUAAGUGCUGGCAUCAUUAUUGCAGGCUAUGACAAGAGAAAUGGUGGUCAAGUCUACUCGAUACCUCUGGGCGGAUCAUUACACAAGGGCCCUUAUGCAAUCGCAGGCUCUGGUUCGACCUACAUCUACGGUUUCUGCGACGCGCAUUGGAAAGAGGGCAUGACGGAAGAAGAGGGAGUUGAUUUUGUGAAAAAUGCCCUAAGAGAGGCCAUCAAAUGGGACGGCAGUUCUGGUGGUGUUAUCCGAAUGGUGGUUUUGACGGCCAAGGGGGCACAGCGACAUCUGUAUCUGCCAGAUCAAGACUAUCAAGGACCAGGCUACAAGAGCGUGUAG